AUGAACGGUGUCGAUUCCAAUACGAUUCAGAUAGUUGGUGCCGAUGGUGGUGUUGGGAUUCUGAAAAGACCGUUGGAAUUGGACUUUUUGGAUGGUAAGUGGUGGUUAUGGCGCGCGAAUUCGUUUUUAAUCGUCGAAUGCAAUGAAAAGUGCGCGCGCUCUGAAAAUGCCCUCGGGAGAAUUCGUCGAGAUCUCAUACCGGCUAAGAAGCCAUCAGAAGUCGCCGAUUUGAAAAUGGGAGAUUCGGGUAAGGUUACCGACAUUUAUCCUGUGCCGGAGAAGGUUGUUGGUUUGGUUAUCGGCAAAGGAGGUAGCGAAAUUCGGUUGAUCCAGCAGACAUCUGGAUGUCGCGUUCAAAUGGAUCCAGACCAUGCGUCGAUGAACGGGAUUCGCAACUGUACGAUCGAAGGGCUACCUGACCAAGUUGCAAUCGCAAGGCAAAUGAUUACACAGGUGAUCAACAGAAAUCAAUCCGACGCACCAUCCGGAGCUGUCGUGGGAGAAAUAUCAGAAGAAAUGAUGAUACCAACUGACAAAAUCGGUCUUGUUAUUGGCAAAGGGGGAGAAACAAUUCGAACUGUUCAGGAGCAAUCAGGAUUGCGCACAUGUACCGUGGUGCAGGAUUCAACCAGUGCAACGGGACAGCCAAAACCACUUCGGAUGGUUGGAACUCAGGCUGCGAUUGAUACUGCUAAAGCUUUGGUUCAUAACAUCAUGAACAAUACUCAAGGCACUACCCCGAUGCACCAAAGAUCCGGUAAUCAACCAUCAGGAGGUCAAUAUGGAGGAUACGGUGGACAAGAUACUCAAGCAAAGGGAGAAGUGAUUGUUCCACGCUUAUCAGCUGGAAUGAUUAUCGGCAAGGGAGGUGAAAUGAUCAAGCGUUUGGCAAUGGAAACUGGAACCAAGAUUCAGUUCAAACCAGACGGUAUGUUUUUAACCCUAAACUCAGUUUUUGUUUUGCGUACGCAAUGUGUUUCAGUUAAUCCAAAUUCUGAGGACCGAGUUGCUGUAAUCAUGGGUACCCGAGAUCAAAUUUACCAAGCAACGGAAAGAAUCACCGAAAUCGUCAAUAGAGCGAUGAAGAACAAUGGAGCUCCUGGAAGUGGUACAGGCUCUGUUGCCAGCGUUAUGCCCGGUCAAACAGUGUUUUAUUUGCAUGUUCCUUCAGGAAAGUGUGGUCUUGUUAUUGGCAAAGGAGGAGAGAACAUUAAGCAGAUUGAACGAGAAACUGGGGCGACAUGUGGCUUAGCACCAGCUGCUGAACAGAAGAACGAAGAAGAAAAAGUGUUUGAAAUCAAAGGAACUCCUUUCCAAGUUCAUCAUGCUUCUCAUCUGGUCAAAAUCAAAGUUGGAGAGAUCGCACCAAACACCCCAGUCCCACCACUUCAAGGAUCCGGCGGGGGUUAUCAGCUUCAACAACAACAACAGAGCAUGUAUGGUGCUCAGAGCGGAGGCUAUCAAGGUGCUGCUGCUCAAAGUGGAUACAUUCAGCCACAACAAAUGCAGCACCAACCACAAGUACAACAAUAUGGUCUUCAACAACCACAACAAUGGGCUCCUCGCAAUGGUGGCAGCGCGCCACAGCAAAUUCCAGGCAACUUGUAUCAAAAUGCCAUUCCACAACCGCAUGCAGCACCUGCAGCAGUCAUGGUUUCACAGGCACCGGCUGAUCCAGCGCCUGCAGUUAAUCCGGCGACUGGCGCACCAGAUUAUUCUGCUCAGUGGGCAGCAUACUACCGAUCGAUUGGCCUCAUGGAUCAAGCAGCAAUGGUGGAGAGUCAAAUGCGACGUAAUCAAUCUGGCCCUGGUGGUGAUGUUUCCGGAGCUCCACAAGGUCAUCAGCAAUACUACCCUCAGUAG